AUGGAGCCGGCGGCCACCAGCAUCCAGGUGCUGCUGCAGGCGGCCGAGUUCCUGGAGCGGCGGGAGCGCGGGGCGGCCGGUCCCCGGUACCCGCCGGGCCUGGCCGAGGCCGAGCACGGCUACGCCUCGCUCUGCCCCGCGCGGUCCCGCCGGGCCGUGGGCAGCGGACUCUCCCGCAGGUCGGUGCACAACGCGCUGGAGAAGCACAGGAGAGCCCAGCUCCGGUGCUGCCUGGACCGGCUGAAGCAGCAGGUGCCGGUGGGCGCGGGGCCGGCCCGCCCCACCACGCUGAGCCUCCUGCACCGUGCCCGGCUCCACAUCCAGAGGCUGGAGGAGCAGGAGCUGAGAGCACAGAGGGCCAAGGACCGGCUGCGUAACCGGCAGCAGAGCCUGCGGCAGCGGCUGGAACGGUUGCUCUCGCCCGGCAGCGGGGAACGGGCGCGGGCUGACAGCUUGGACUCGUCCCAGCUCUCGGAGCCCUCUGAGGGAGAGGAUGCGGAGAUAGAGGUGGAUGGUGCGGUGUUCGGCGGGGACCUGCUGCCUGGCUUCGGCACCGGGAGGGACCACAGCUACUCAAGCCCCCGCAGCCCCGCAUCCUGACGGCGCUCGCUGCCUUCCCUGCGCUGCCUCCUCC